AUGGUUGGCUCUCAUGUUGAAACUAAGUUCUGUCCAUUAAAAUGGAUUGUGCCCGAAAAUAAACAAACAUUAUAUUCAAUUUGUGCUUGCAAAUACACAAAAUCUCCACCAUAUUGUGACGCUACUCACACAUCACUGCCGAGUGUUAUUCGUGAUCAAAUAUUGUCGUGCUCGAAAGAACAUUUAUCUGAAUUAAAAUUAUGUGACGGCUGUGGAUGGGUUCCAGACUGGUGA